UGCCAUAUAUUGGUCAUGUUGGUACCCAGGGCCGACCACUUCAGGCGGCAUCCUGUACAAGCGGAAGUGGGCACUACACAGGACGAGUCACACCAGUGUGGCUGCGUGUUCUGCCAGUUUGUUCAGGACCUUUCAGCCUCAUGCUCCCAUCUCUUGCCAGUCUCCACUGCUCACCAGCCUGUCACCAUGGUAAGAUGGUUUAGACAGACUGGUCUGGGGACAAUGACAGCAGCGGUGACAGCCAAGAUGGUGGUUACGGCGAUGAUGGUGAUGCUGCAUUGCGUGCUCAUUCAUUCUGCGUCUACUGACGAUCUAGCUACUCUACCUGCUGACAGUUCGUCACGUGAUGCGUCAUCACUCCAAAAGGUCAGCGACGUACACUCCACCGGAGCACAGUACGGGACGGAAGUGACCAAGUCGGACGAACAUUCCAGAUCCAGCGACGCCCUGACAAGUCAGUCCGAUGUACCCAACUUUGUUAUUACCAGAGGUAACAAGAAAGGCCAGGGCAAGGUCUCCAGGAAAAGAAGUACGUAUGCCAGGGUUACACCUGUCCGGACAACGAAAGUGCGACGCGGGACACAACAAGGGGAGAGCACUCAAAUUAACACGCAGACCACGAGGUCGGCUGAGCUGAUGUUGGCAUCUCAGCACCUGACAGACGAUAUGUCAACGGUUCUUACAACGACUGAGAUGUCGACAACAUCUACAACAACUACACGACGACCUUUGGUUCUGGGCGACACGUGCCGUUCACCUUCAGACUGCCAGAAAAACAUUAACCGCAGCACCUGUGCUUCUGGUGUAUGUGUCUGCGCUGAGGGCUACUUCAAAAUAGAAACCCGUUGCUAUGCAGAGCCGCGCAAUCUCAGAGUAACACAGAGAAACGACUCAGUAAACAUAUCCUGGGAGGGAGACAAUAUAGAGUACACAGUCUACAUCAACAUCUCCAACAAGUACAACACAACUUUCAAGAUGUUAAAUGUCACUGGAACACAAGUAGACUUCUCUCCCAUCCACCCGGGAAGUGGGAUUAAAGCCGUGGUCAGCGUCUGGGGUUCAAACAGCUCCACUGGUACGGCCAAUGCGACUAUUGCACCUAGCUCACCUCAACGCCUCAACAUCACCUUUGUGAACGACACGUGCAUGGAAGCCGAGUGGUCACCUGGAACAGGUGUGACAGAACAGUACAGAGUCUAUGUCAUGUACCUGGAUAGAAGAACACGACAUGUAACAACACAGACUACCUGGACUUACUGUGGUCUGUCUCCUGGAGAACAGUUCAACGUCUCUGUCUACGCCAUGAGUAACUCAGUCCUGAGUCGUGUACCCGCAUCCACCUCUGAUUACACGACUCCCUCCAAACCUAGAGACGGAAGACUACAAAACACUGGUUUGACAAACACAUGGCGCGUGGAUAUUUGGUGGAGUUCUGGUUCCAACAAAGACAAAGAAUUUGUUGUUACAGUUGAAAAUAGAACCGAUAUAAAUCCAAGUGUGGUGACACCUUCGGGACCAAGGUACACGUCUCGUAUUCACAUUUCAUAUGGAUCGAGGUUCACCAUCAGUAUACAAGCUGUGAAACAUGGAAAAAAGAGUUCCCCCUUACAGAUCACAGAAUGUACAGCCCCGGGCACGGUAGAAAGAUUGACCGUUGUGUCUUCGGGUUAUAACUGGAUUGAACUUGAGUGGAGCCCACCUGCUGGAGACGUCGACAGUUUUGAGUAUGAGGUCACAGUUCAGAAACCCGGGUCACGUGAUCGUGUUCAUGUGACUGAUAAACUUUCAUACAAGGUGGGCAACCUUACUCCUGGAACAAACUACACUCUGAAAGUGAGGGUGAAGUUCUGCAAUUUAACGAGUGACUAUACAACUGUCAGUGGAGCCACAAGUCUAGAGGGGCUGAGUGAAUUUGAGGUACAUCCCUCACUGGACUCACCAGUUCUAAAGAUUAUAUGGGAGCAUCCUCUGCGAGACAAGGGCGGUGUCGCCUUCCUUUUAACAGUUUCAGAAAACAAUGAAACCGUUAUUUACAACCAGAAUAUUACUCAGUCACCCCUCAGUGUCUCAGUUAAUUCAUUUGAUUCUUCGCAUCCGAUCUUCGCAGGAAAAUGCUUCGUUGUGACACUCCUAGUAACCGGAACACCAAGAAGAAUGCCUGAAACCAAAUGGAUAUCAACGCCCGAGAAAGCUCCUGGGCCGGUCGUUGACCUCACAUACAAACGGUUAACACAAGAUCGAACGUCCCUUAAUAUUUCAUGGUCCAGACCGGAAGUGACGAAUGGAGUCAUCACAGAAUAUCGUCUGUCUGUCACUGGCACACGAGGCGGGAAUUAUUUACAGACUUUAACUUGCCAGGGAAAUCACUGUAAACUACACUGUGGUAACAAACAUCGGACGCGAAAGGCGACUGUCCAGGGCGGCUCUACUUCCUACUUCAGUGGAGACGAGAAACAUUUCUCAGUUCUCGUGAGGAAUCUCUCGCUGUACGAGAAUUACGACAUCCGGGUUACUGCUUCUACGUCACAGUUUACAGGCCCAGCAGUUCAGUUAAAAACUGACGAUCAGUUAUUGGAUGCAGUAGAAAACUUCUCAGGCGGGGCACACAACGCCUCGUGUCUUGCACUGGACUGGGGCUACCCGACAAACGGCAACAGCUCGGAUGUACUCCAGUUUGUGUUGAGAUACAGAAAGAACUCUGACACGAGACUGGAAACGACUGAACCAAGUUAUACAAGAAAUACAAGUGAAACGAAUCUCUUCCUGUGUGGACUGGACUACUUCACCAACUACACCUUCUCCAUCGUCGCGGUCAACAAAGAGGGCGAAGGACGAGUCCAGGAGAAAUAUUUUCAAACGGCAGAAUUUGUACCAGAGGCUGUUACUGAUCUCACUGUUCACCCGGAAGUGGACAUCAAGAAGCCGAGGACACUCAGCAUCACGUGGAAGGAGCCUGUAAACAAACACGGGAUUAUCCGCGCCUACUACGUCAUCAUCAGCAACUCCAUGGGCAUCGUGAGAGAAGAAAAGGUGUUGCCUGAGCAUCUACCGUAUCACUUGCAGCAUCAUCUCUGGACUGAAAACUUUACAAUCCAGGUUUUCGCGGAGACUAAGGCCGGCAAUGGAUCUCGAGCGACUUCAUUGACACAGAUACCAGCAGGAGUACUUUCGCCGACACAAGAGGAGAUAAAAGUGGAAAAGUCCAUGAAGGAACAUCCGGCCACGUCAGCUGUCGCUGAGCUUCCUGCGAGUCUUCUUUGUAACCACUCCUAUGGGUCACCUGUCCACACUGGUCUCAUAGUCUCCACAUCCUCAGAACAACUGUCUGCAGAAAGACAGACAGGACCUGUGCCGAAGGUCUACAAAAGCUGGACAGAAGACAAAUCUCUUUAUUACGUGCCAGUGGAGCUGGCCCACCACUGUAAAGAAUCACCAGGUCAGCCCUUCAAAUUUCUUCUUGGAGGAGACGAAAAUUGUGUAAAAGGGGGAGAAUUCUUCAAUGGCUUUCUGACCGCGGACACCGAGUACCGGUUGCAGGCCGUCAUGUGUACGUCAGCAGGCUGCACGUACUCCCCAGUGUCCUCCCCUUACCGCACGGACAAGAUGCCAGAGGAAGGGAGCAGUGCAGCUGCUGUAGCUGCAGGUGUUGUCGUUGUCUUGCUGCUGGCUGUGGUUGGCGCGGCAGCUGGCUUCUUCUUCUUUAGGAGACACCGCAGGGAGAAGGAGAGAGAAAGAAAUGAUGACGAGGCUCAGAGAUGUCGGAUGGAAGACAUCAGCCGCAACAGACCAGUUAAACUGGACGAGUUUGCAGAGCAUGUUGAUCACCUUCACAGGGAUUCGAACCUAGCAUUUUCUGAAGAAUACAAGACGAUCAAAGAACUAUCUCGAGAAUACCCCACAAACGCAGCUGAGCUCCCGGCCUGCAAACUCAAGAACCGCUACACCAAUAUUUUACCCUGGGACCACACGAGAGUGAAGCUGAUUCCAACAGACGAUGAAGAAGGGUCUGAUUACAUUAAUGCUAAUUACCUCCCGGGUUACACUCAUCGGCGAGAAUUCAUCGCGGCCCAGGGGCCGCUACCCGCUACUAUUGACGAUUUCUGGAGAAUGGUUUGGGAGAACCGUGUGUGCAUCAUUGUCAUGCUCACCCAGUGUGUGGAGAAAGGAAAGGUCAAGUGCGAGAAAUACUGGCCGGAGGAGAACGAAGCUGUGUUUCACGGGGACCUGGUGGUUCAGGUCCGAUCUCAGUCCGUCCUCCCUGAUUACAUCAUCAGAGUUAUCGACGUUAAAAUGGGCAAUCAGACCGAAUGAUCAAACAUUUCCACUUCAUGCGGUGGCCGGAUCACGGGUGUCCGGAGAAGACGUCGAUGUUGCUCAACUUUGUGUCGGCUGUCCGGGCUCACACCCCGCACUCAGGGUCGGGGCCAAUUUUGGUCCACUGCAGCGCUGGAGUGGGUCGCACGGGCACGUUCAUCGCGCUGGACCAGCUGCUGCAGCAGAUCCGGCAGGAGGACGAGGUGGACAUCUUCGGACUGGUGCUGGGUAAUGCGUGACUGCCGGACACAGAUGGUGCAGACAGAGAACCAGUACAUCUACAUCCACGACUGCCUGGUGGACGCUCUUGUCAAGGAUUCUGAUGACGAGGAGUCGGGAGCUGAUAAUGAUGACCAUAUCUAUGGCAACUGUUGAUAACGAGAGAGAGAUUGAAGUGAAAAACUUAAUUCUUAUCAGGCAAGCCAUUUUGUUUAAGUACAUGAAGCAGCUCAACAGCCAAGUAGUCAACAGAUCCUAUGGCAGCCAUGUUGAUUUUGCGACACCGGUGUGUCUUGUCCACUGGUGACGAAGAGGACUAGAUGAUGUGUUGGAUAACCGAGGUGAUGAUAAAAGACGACAAAAAGGACAUUUCCUCCUUUUUCCAACUUACAAUAUGAGAAAGAUGAGGCUAUGACAGUCCCUUGUAUGGUUCAUCAACAUGCAAAACUUUACAAAAUCUAUAUUUAGAUAGAACAGAUAUCUUUAUAUGCAAAGUAUGAAUAUACACGUUUGUAUACACACAGGCAUCUGAGCAUGCUAUGAUAGAAAAAUGAUGAAGGGUUAAUGAAAGUUUGUUGUGUUGUUGUGCUAUUUAAACCACAUACACGUCAAUAUUUUUGUUUACUUUAAUUAGCUUUGCAAAGGUGUGGCACUAAUUAACGGACUCGUGCCUUUGCCAACGAGGGUGUGUCAUACCUGGGACAACCUUUACAGUAAUGUUGUUGUUGUUGUUGUUGUUGUUGUUGUUGUGAUCUUGCCUACAAAGUUCGCAAUGGUUGGUAUUGCUCACACAACUAUUUAAAGAAUAUACUAUUUUGUUAAAAUUUUUGUUUGUCAACUCUGAAAUCUCCUAUGAAUGGAGAAUAUCGUGUUGUUGUUGUUAAUGCUUGGAAUGUUUAACUAUCAAAAAACUUACUCAUAUUUUCUGCCAUUACACGGUUUUCCCUACGUUUGUGUGUCAUGUGACACGUAUGUAAGGCUUUUUCCUUUCCUCUGAUGAGUAAAAAACUUUUUACAAUCAAGUGCUAACAAGACAUUUUUGAGGAUUAUUUUGAAAACAAAAAACUUUGUGCAAAUCACAAUACUCGUAUACGUCCAUUGCCUGGUGUGUAGAGGCAGCACAAUAAUAAUUAUAUUGUCUUGUCUUCCUUGGUUAUCAAACUAAGAAUGAAGUGUUUAUGUGUGUGUGCGUGUGUGUACGUGUGCAUAGUGUGUGUGUGUAUAGUGAGUGUGUGGUGACGUGUACAUGAAGUCUUACUUGAUAACUAGACCGGUGUGCUGCGGCUUGGACACAACAUGAAAUGUAUCCCAUAAUUGUCACGGUAGACUGGUGCUAGUCUGCCUGUUUAUCAUGUGUAAAAUAUUUUUUUCAUGUAUAAAGGAACAUUUUAUUACCUUUCUUUAUCAUAGAAAAUUUGAUAUUUAAAGGAACAACAGCGAAUUUAUAAAUGAUUUGCAUGCAAAGUGUGUGUUGUGUGUGUGUACGAUUAAGAUAUUAUGGUCUUUUUAUGAACGGUAUGCGAAUAUGUGUGUGUGUGUGUGUGUCUAGCUUUGCAUCUGUUGAUUACAAGAACUAAUCAUUAUUUCUGAGAGAUUUUAAUUUUUUAUAUAUUUUAUUUUAUAUAUUUUUUUUCUUUUUGCUGGGGCUUUCAACAGAUAGUUACCGUUAUUUUUUUGUUUUCCGUUAGGUGACAUCGUUAUUUAUGUUCAGCCCCUCGUUUUUAUGAUAGCUUCAUUGCUUUGUGGGUUUUUUACGCUUUGCGUGCGAGACUUCGAAACAAAGAUGUUGAGAAAGAGCGAAUAGUCAAUUCCGCUCCUUAUAUCUAUGUACAGAUCCGCAACAGUAUUACUGAAAUGGCAAUAUUGUGUUUUGUAUUAUUUUUGAAAGACAGAAAGAAAUUUGUCAUUAUUUUAUAAUCUUUAAUAAAACACGAAACUUUAUAUACAGCUCUGGAACUAUAAACAAACCACCCGAGUGCUCUGUGGACAGUAAAGAGUGAUGCUUUGCUUUAGAAAUGUUUUUACCGGUUAUAAUCACCUGUCGAGUGAUACGUUUUGUAUAGAUGACAGAUAUAUAGUAGUGAUUAAAUAUAUGCAGGCAGACAUCUAAAGAAUGUCGACAACAUUACUUUUCACGCAUGCAAUCAAAAAAAACAGAAAGAAUAACUCUGUACAUUAUGGUCUUUUAAUGCUUUUGUCUCCUUGAACCCACUCCAGCAUUUUCUGAUUAGGUAGUUUGUUUUGCAAAGCGCCAAAGCUGCAAGUGGUUUUGUUCUAGUGAACUGGCUAACAUACGAAAAAUUUGUAAAUUUUAAAUAUUUUGCUUCACAAACGACGCUGGUGAUAUUAUUAAACAAAAUCAACACAAA